AUGAACUUCAAUGGCACCAUCUAUGAAAGGUUAGACACACAGCUGCUCUGACAUGAAGUGGCAUUCGCACACUUCUCAUGAGAUCUUCGCACACUUCUCAUCAGAUCUGUGGUCGAUAUUGCUCCGGAAUUCCGGAAUUCCUAUUACCUUUAUUGUGUGGCGGGUGAGUAUUGCAAGGGAAGAACGAUGUCUGCUGUCUCCUGUCUGGGUGACCUGUUUUUGAUUGCUCACAGACGAUCCGUCUGGCAACCUGGGCAACUACAGCAAGAGCAGUGUCUGUGAGACCCAGGCCGUUGGUGAGCCAACAGGAUUCGUCCAGAUCGAUGUUCUCGAGGCCCGUCCUGUUGGAACUAACAUCACGAUUACUGUCACGAUUGAUCGUCCUGCGAGUAAAAUGGCCAAGGGAAGCCGCAUCGCUUUCAUGCCACGCGUCUCGUUUAUUGCUGUCUCUUGAUUGGUCUCCUUCUCAAUACAAAAGGGCAGGUGCGUUGCUUUUCUUACGACGCGGCGGCAGAGGAGCCUGGCGGGGACUAUGCAGAUAGCAUAGUGGCUCGUCCGACAGGAUGUGAUGAUAUGACAUUCACUCCGCACACAUCCAGCUUCGGCAGCAUUAUUGAGUCCCACUAUUCUUACAACCUGGCCAAGGAUCCAUUGCAGAAUCGAACACUGUCCAUGCCUGCAUACGGAACCGACGCGGACAAUAUGGUACAUAGGUCAUGGGCGAAAACCUUACGGUAUUAUAUCCUCUGCUCCCUUUGUUCAGGUCAUGUGUUGUGCAAUCGACUUUUAUGACCGCGAGUGGGGCGAGACAGAGAUAUACCAGUUUGUCCAGGGGUUCAGUCCUGUUAGAAGCAAUCCCCCCGAUUCGACACCUCCGUCUAACUUUUUCAUCGCUCAGCCGGGGGAAACAUACGGGCCCGAGGACCCACCCGAAUCGCACGACCCUAUCACGACAAGCAGAUCGCUGGAGUUCACUGUGCGGCUAGAUGAGACGGGCGGAAUGAUCUGCGGCAAGUGAUGCCACGGACGUCCAUGAGGUGGAAGGAAAUGUAGCAUUUCUCUCUGCUCCUUCAGGCUUUGCUGAAGACAUGAACGUAGUGGACCAGGCGGCCAUCCAAGAGCUGCAGGACUGGAAUUACUGGUAGACACGGAUUCAGUUGUCUGCCGUCACACUCCCUGCUAUUUGUUUUUCAAGGAUGAGUCCAUGGAUUGGCGGCUUCGAUGUACACUAUAUUGCUGCCAACACAUGGACGACCAUUGAGGUGGGGGAUGAGGGUCAGUACUACUACUUCCAUUUUCAGCCGGGUCGCAUGUACGAGAUGUGGUGCACAGCGAGAGAUGAAGCGUGGAACUGGAUCUCAGCGGCAGACAUUGCAAGCGACGCAUCUGAUCCCCCCAAGUACAAGCUGAUGGUAGCAGCCAGCAUCGCAGAUCCCCCCGUGCUUUCUUUCGGCGAGCAUGAGGCCUACUACAACUACCUUGAGAUCAAUAUCACGGCGACAAAGGAGGGCGCAGUAGUAUGUCGGGCUGACCCUCCGGGCUCUGUCGAUUUCGCUUCGUUUGAUCCUGACCAGCCGCCCUACGAUCCCGGCAUAUACACGUCACAUUUUGUCGACAUGUCUUUCGGCACACCGCACGAAAUGCAAAAUGUGGGACAGGCGGACAUCGACAACGACCAUGUCAAUACAUCGGUGUCUCUAUACAUUGGGCUUGAUGACCUCAACAUGGAUGGAACGAUCGCUGACUGGGAUGGUAAGAAGAGACAUCGUCACAGAAACAUGUCUCCAUAUUUUGCCCUUGCAGUCUACUGCAUUGGUCGGUCGGAUAGUGGAGGAAUCACGCCUUUUGCGCAAGUCAAUAACAGCAUGCAGACUGUCACGAAGCCCACAGCGCCUGUCUUUCCAAGUAUCACUCUGUCCGUCAUUGAAGCAGCGGAAGAAGAGGUGUCUGUAGAGCUCAGCGUCCCCUUUCCGGGACUGGUGGUCAAUUGCAUUAUGUUCCUCAACGAUAGCAACAACUACGCCGAAGCAGUUACGGGUCCAGACGUCAGCAAUGCAAUCAGCAUGAUGUAUGUCCCGGGCGCCGGCGCCUCACACGAGUUUUGGCUUGACGACGAACCUGAUGCCAACACGAGCUUGCUGAUAUCGCCAUCAAAGACUUUCACUGCCUACGCUGACAAUGAGACGCUCAUGAAUGCCUCACCAAUCACACCAGCAACUAGUCUUUCGCUGGUGUGCUUUGCGGGUCAGAUGAAAGGAUGCAUCCUUCCAUGUUUCUAUACAUUCCCUAUCUCGUAUUUUCAGAGCUUGUGACAAUCUCUGGGUGGCAUCUGGACAAUGCCACGUCUGGCUCAGUUGGCAACGCGGGCAGAACAUCUUUACGCACAAUCUUCAGCCUGUCAUCGGGCAACGACACUGUCGCUCCAGAGUUCACAUCGGUGGCGACAUACAUCCGCGCAAAAUGAUGUCCAACGUUGUGUCCUGCUUGAUGCUGCCUUCUGUUUUACUUCAGGAGAUAGGAGUGAUAGCGGCACAGACGUCGCUUACGCUAACCAUCAGGACACUGAAGGAAGAGUUUGCGACCGUCUGGUUCAUUCUAACAGACGAGGAGGCAGACCCGCCUGAUGCGUCAAGUGUCGAGGCGAAUGGCACGCAGGCGACACGGUCUGACUUUUCAGGCACCGAGCACGAGCACACAAUCACCUUCUCAGGGCUCACCCCAGCAACCACACAAAUGGCGUACGCAGUUGCAAGUGAGUGAGAAGAAAGGGACAAAUGCGAUUAACAAGCCGUGAUUUUGUCCUUUUUUCUCGGAUUCAGAGGACAUGUUUGGCAAUGCGAUGGACGACGAGGACGUGCAAGAGAGGGUCAGGAGCGUGCGAAGUAAGCGAGACGACAAAAAUGUGCCAUUUCAUCCGCGGCAUCUCAUUGUUUGUCUCACUGGCUUCCAGCUGCUUGCCCGACGGGAACCACAGACAACUAUGCGUAAGCGACGAGACAUAUUGCCCUGCUCUUUCUCAGUGUCAUCUCAUCUGUGGCAUGCAUUGUAUGUCUCGCUGGUUUCCAGCACAAUGGAUAAAGUGGUAGGUGAAGAAGGAAGAAGACACCAACGGGUGCACACCACUUGGAGACGGAAUCUGCUUCUGCUGUCAGACUGGUACGAUUAUCACCGACGAGACCGGCAUCACGGAGAUUCUCGGCACUGGCGAGACACGAAGAGCUGUCGAUACAGGUCGGACAGCGGGCACGAAGAUACCGCUGGCACACAUAAGCGAUCUGUGUUGCAGGAACGAACGAGAUCACUUCCCUCGGCGUUCCCUUUACAACCUUCUCAUCCGUAUCCACUGUCUUCGUUUGGUGUUACUUCAAGCUCGCCAACAUCAACUUCGUAUACCCAGACCUCCACGUGGGUAAGCCGAUUGGAUAUGACGCGCAAUGGCAAUACAUUGUAAUGGCAAUAUUCCUUGGACUGCCACGGUCUGCAUCAAUCAGGUCAGCCAAUAUCAGUCUCUGGCUCGAAACCCGUGUUUAAGCCCUUUCCGAAAUGGAUUGGCAAAAUGCGUACGUCAUGCUCGGCAUAUCUGAAAACUUCGAGGUUUUCAAUGUCAAGGUCUCUUACUUGCACAAUCGUCACGAGCUAAUAGACCUGGCUGAAAGAUGUCCUGUUCCUUCGGGUGGUCUUUUUUAGGCCACAUUCAGCGCCGCUUCGCAGUGCAGCAGCAAGUAAGAAGGGGGGGAGAUGAUGCCGUGCAGAGCUAGGGAUGCCUUCUCUGUAUAUAUCGGCAGAUUCUACACGUCCUUGACGACCAUUCCUUUCUCUGAGUUUGCGGUGAGACCCUGAGCAUAGGAAAAAAAUUUCGCUUCUAAGGGUCACUCAAUUUCUCGAUUCAGACGGGCGAAAGGGAAUCAGCGAAGGCUCCCUUCAAGUGUCGUCACUAACCAACCCAAAAGUUUGCUACUGGGAACGCUCUUUCAGCACACCCAUAGAAGUCAGCCUAGAGACAGAGGAUGGUAAGCUGCAGGGACGAGCUUUGGCAGCCAAGACAUGGUCCUUUUGCGCUCGUGCGUCGAAUAGAGAUGGAUAUUCAAGCCACAGCGCCUGAUUACAGUUUAUGGGAUGUUGAAUCAACGCCGCUGCAGCUCACACCGCCUGCUACUGUGCUUCGAGGCAAGAGCGUCAAGGUCGUGGUCUCAUCGGGCAGUGGGGACACCACGGCAGUGCUCUUCCCUUUCCUCGACUCCACAAUCAGUACGCGACGAAGGCGUGUUGGCUGGCUUUGCGGCUGACGGCUUAUUAUGCCUCCGUGUGCAGCUCAGGGAUCGUUUUGCGGGAACUUGACAGUGAGUGAUGCUCAAGCGCGAGGCUACCCUGUCACUCAGAACGGAAACACAGAGACGAGCUCUUUCGUUUUCCAAUUCUCGUCGGGCACGUAAGGCAGCGACAGAAAAACAGACGAGGAAUAGGCGAGAAGGUCUCAGGCCUUCAAAUGUGCUUCAGGUACGCUAUGUGUUACAGCGGUGUCUCCAGUGUGUGGGGCUAUGCAUUCAACAAAAUUGGGACGACCUUCAGCAUCGGAGGGCCAGACGCCAAUCAGGACGUGUCAUGUGUCAAACGCCAAGUGUGCACUGUCGGGCCAAUCGAAGGAGACAAUCUCGAUGGCAACGACCUGAUGCGAAUCAUGCCGCUGGGCCAAUGCGGCACCACUGAUGCUUCGGGAUUUCCAGGUCAGCAAAGUUUUCUGUGUGUGUGUGUGUGUUUUUUUUUUUUUUGAAGUCGGGAGCCCAGCAUUCCUUGUCUCUGCGUGUGUCCAGGGUCGGACGGCAGCUACGCAGACUCGCUGUCUAAUGCUGCUGUGUACACAGCUGGCACCGGGGGCAGGGGCUCUCAGGAAUAUAGCUUUGGCUUCGGAACUGAGAUCAUUACUGCUGACGCCGGGCAGUACAGCAUCUGCUGGUGUGACAAGCCUUCGUACCCUUGCGACAACGCGAGCGGCUUCACUGUCGAUGUGGGCACACUGUCGGUCGUUGGCCCGACGGAAGGACAGAGCAUCACGUGCUACAAGGUGUGUGCUAGGAGAAAUGAAGACACACAUAUGAAUCCCCUUCUGCUUUCGUUCGUGUCAUCCAUUUUUCAGGGUGACAAAUGCAUAAUUGCGGGACUGACAGGACAAGGCCUUCAAGCGGGGGACCAGAUCAUCGUGGGUUUUGUGAUCCCAUCAGAUUCGAAAAGGUCACAAAUUGUGACCUUUUCUCCAUUUUGUGUUCGCAUCAGAUUCGCACCACGCCUGGCAGCUGCGACACGGGCAAUCCCGUGGUCCCAAACCUUUCAGCUACGGGCAAGACAGAGCCUGGCGAGCUGAACGGUGACGGGGUGCUGGAGUUCCAAUUCGGCACAGGUAUGUUGGACAAUGGAUGGCUCUGUGCAUCCUAUUUGCAUUUUGUUUGCAUCCCUGCCUUCUGCUGUGCAUCGUUUUGUGCAGAGCCAGCAGACACCAUCAACGCCGAUGCUGGUGUAUAUGGGAUGUGCUACUGCUCCUCUGCCCUCUCUGUGGACUGCUCUGUCGAGGCGAACUUCAAACUCGAUGCAGGCACUCUGACGGUCGCUGGACCCACGACAAACCAGGUCCUUUCCUGUUUUCGCGGGGCAAGGUGCAGAGUGAGGAGCCUGGACGGCGCAGGACUCGUCGCCGGGGAUCGACUGCUUAUCAGAGAGUCACCAACCGUAGGCAAUGGAUUUGGACAGUACCCGGCAUUUUCUCGGCUUCGAUAUCUCUGUGUCUCCUUCAGGGCAAUGCAUGCACGGGAGCUUACCCACCCUCUGGAUUUGGACACUCGGUGGUGGAGAACAGCCUGUCGGGGGACGCGACAGCCAACGGUGACGGCACUCAGGAUUUUGUCGUCCCUGACAUUGCUCAGACACUCAGCCAGGCGAUGUCCAUCGAGGCCAUCGACAAUGGCGACUAUGUUGAGGAACGCGCAAUCAUCUACACCGCACCGAGCACUUCUGAAAUGUGUUGGUGCGACUCAAUCAAGAGCGCCCAAAAUUCAUGCACUUUCGCUCUGUCCGCUGGGACACUCAGAGUGAGAUGCACAUGCCAGCAGCGACAAGGGGAGCAGAACCGUUGUGCGUCUCAUGUCUUGCAGAUUGCCGGGCCAAAUACGGGGGCUCAGAACCAGAAUGGUGUCACGACAACAACGUUCUCAAUCGAAGUGGAGGGGCUCUACUUGACCAACACAAGCCGCAUCAAGGUGAGGAUCCGCUGGAACAUGGAUACGAUUAGGCAAGGGAAAACGCCUAUUGUCCUCUCUCAGGUCAUCGACAGUACUGGGAAUUGCGGGCAGAUCCACUCAUCUGAUCCUACUGCGUCAGACUUGACUGGCUCCGUCACGUCAUCAGAUGCAGUUCCCAGCAUCACAAGUGAACACGUCAACAGAGCGAGGCGUCUGAUCGGCAAGAACGUCCGAUAUCUGUUUCUUUGCUGACUGAGACAUAUAGGUGGCGGUCAAAAGGCGACGUAUUCGAAUUACCAGUUCUCUGUCGCGGGCACAUACAAGGUGUGCUGGUGGAACGGAGAGCUGCAGACGGAUGCUGAACUCGCCGCAGGACAGGACCUUUCAGAAUGGUACGGACUCGUGACCAAAACAGGCGAGGCUUCCAGAGUGGGCCCCUGUGCAGGUAUACGAUUGACGUCGGCAACCUUACCGUCACUGGCCCUACUCUCAAUCAGAAAUUCAGCGGCAUCAAGGAUAGAAGCUUUGAUAUCCGGCUAAAGGGUUUAGCGCUGAACACCAAGACCAACCCGAGGCUGCUGAUCAUCGAUGAAAGCGCUCAGUGCUCUUCGGGAUCGCAGGCUAAUGCCGUUCAAGUCGCCCCAGAAUCUCCCAGCACCAGCCAAAGCACCGUGCUUGUGUACAGGAAUGUGCUAAUGAACACCAUCGGUGAGUACAAGGUGUGUUACAGAGAAGGAAUCGGCAGCCGUUUGGAAGUUGGAGUUAUCAAAAUCGAGGUCAGCGUGCAGACUGGACAGAGGAAGCGCAGCAUCUCGCCUCUGUGGGCCUUUAAGUGCAGGACAAGAAGACCUUUUCUGUGGACGAUCUUGUGGAGGAGGCCCUUCCGCUCAAGAAUCCCGUCGCGGUGACUGACAAUGGCGAGGAGUUUCUCCUCUUCGUCCAAGUUGAUGAGACUGCGGGCACAGGCAAGCUCCAGAAGAUCAAAGUCACCAACAAUGAUAUGAUGGAGAAGGAGUACACCUUUGAGUUCGGCGUAAACAUCUGCACACGCUCUGGCUCAACAAUGGGUCAAGACACAUUUUAGUCUUUCUCCUUCUCCGUGUGUCUCUCCGAUCAGAGUCUUACACUGAGUAAGCCGUCAGCUUCCCUUGUCGUCAAGGACAUGCAUCCAGGCUUGACUCCCCCUGACCGCCUGUUCCUCUUGGAUGAGCAUCGCAUUAUCAAGCUCUACUGGUGGUCAGCUCCUGCACCCGGACAAUCACUGGGGCCGCUGACACUGAUCUUCGGCUCGUCUUUGGCAAACCCCCCGCACGACAACAACAACUUUUACAGACCAUCUGCCCUUGCCCAUGCUGUAAUGGGCGCAACAAUUAUGUCUUUGUCAGCGACUCGGUAGGCGAAUAUGCAAAGCAACAUCUCCUCUUCUGCCCUAUUGUCGCUUUCGUGCCAGGGCAACCACCGAAUCGUAGUGCUGAAGGUCAACGGUGACGCUGCGCCAGCUGUCUUCGAGUACCAGGUGUGCUUUUUUCUGUUUCGCAACGACUUCCACGAUCUGCCUCAAUUCUCGUGUUCGCCACACCUCUCCUUUCUUCAGUGUCACUUUGGUGAAACCUUUAAAUUCCUCCGCGAAACGACCGGACUUUAUUCUCCAGCCGGCAUCGCGUAAGACUGACGAUAACACUUUGAGAGAGCAGCAUGAAGUAGCUUUCUUCGAUUUUUAGGUACGGCGAGGACACGGGAGGCGUCACAAUCCUGAAUGGCAAAUACCUCUUUGUCGCGGAUCAGCUGAAUCAUCGGCUUAUGAUAUUGGAGGUCGCCGAUCCAUGGAAUGCCAACACCUGUCUGACCUUCUGAGCCCAAGUAAGCUAAGCGCAUGGACGAGAGAAUGAUUAUGACCGGCACGCCAUGCGCAUCUUUCUCGGCGCAGUUUGGUGUGACUGGAGUCGCGAAGAAGUCAGACGAAGGACUGGCAAAUCCCAAUGCUGUCAGCUACUACGACGGGCUUGUGGUCGUGGGCGAACUCGACAACAAUCGCCUCGUCGUCCUAGACGUCCGGUAAGGAGGGAGCCGUUGCGUUGGAAAAGACUACAGGUAUUAUCAAUUCUAUGGCGCUGGCAUGUCUCAGCAAGCUGUCGACCGACUCCAGCGUGACCUUCUUGACAGAGGUCACUGUUUCCGAUGCGAAUGCUAUCAGGUAAGUCUUGCAACACGAACGCAUUCCGUAACAACUUUUUUCUGUGUACCAGGGGGCUACUAACUAAGGUACCUCAGACAGAGACACGCAGACGACUCAAAGCUGAGGGAGAGGAUGAGGAUGAAGCCAUCGAAUACGAGCCACCACCGGCUCAUCGCAACUUGGACGGCAGCCCCAUCAAUCCUGCCCGGCGACUGAGCGUCAAUCCCUGUAAUCUCACCACAACAUCUGGAUGGCUGUACUUCAGCACAGAAAAGGUGUGAUGCACGGCUCAUGAGUGAGACGCGGUGACCGUUUCCCCCUUGUGUGUUGUCCAGGACAAUAAGUAUUCUCAAGAGUACAAUCUGGGUAUGUCCUCUGUCUAUGAGGCGAUCAAGCCCGUGCAAUUCUCAUACACCGUCCCAGUACGUUAAAGAGAAAUUGCUUAUCUUUCAAACACGUUGAGCUGCCUGUCCUUCUGUUGUCCAGACACUGAUCGAGAUCGAUGGAACGCUCCGCAGCUAUCCUGCAACUCUCGUAGCGGGCUUUGACAAAGUUGACUGCUUUACAAGUGGCACCCUGCCAAGCUCGUAAGCGAGGAACGACAGCCAGGGAUAGGUCCUCAAUUCUGCAUACCCCUUUGUUGGCAGUCUGUCUGUCAACGCCGCUACUGGAGCCUUGGAGGGCACACCAAACAUUGCGACUGCCGAAGGCUCAUACAGGAUUUACGCUCACAAUGUGGCGGCCACCACGUCAUUCGAUGUGACAUUUGGCGUCUAUUGCCUACAGUAAGCGAUGGAGACAUGGGCAGAGAGCCAGUCUGUCCCUGCUCCCUGUCGAUGCGUGUGGAUAUGCAUGUCUUUGUGAAGGGGCAACUACUACGAUACGACCACCGACACUUGCAAGGCCUGCCCACAAGGCCAAUAUGCGCCGAGAGGCAAUACACUGCUCAUCAGCUGCAGCGCGUGCUCGGCCGUGGUAAUGUCACAGCGAUGAGAAAAAAGGCAGGAGAGAAGUCUUGUUACUCGCUCGCUAACUGUGUGCCUUUCUCCGUGCAGCGAGCCCAAUCAACCACAACUGAGGCUGGCAAGGCUUUCCAGGCGGACUGUCUAUGCACAUAUGGAUUUGAACCGGAUGUCUCAGGCGCAUGCAAAGCUUGGUACGCACCUUGUCAUGGCACGACAUUUUUGCUUACCUUCCCUGUCUUUGGGGCAUGUCUCAGCCCUAUCGGCAAGUACAAGGACAGCAUUUCAGACAACACAUGCACCGACGUACGGCAGACAGCAGAAGGGAUUGAAAAGUCUGACUUGGAUUGCUUUCUGGCAGUGCGGCGGCGGGAGGACGACGAAUGCCACUGGGAUGACAGCCGAGGCCAACUGUGUGUGCGAGAUUGGCUACGCACUGCUAGAUGGAGCAUGCCAGCCGUGCGAGCAAGGCAAAUACUGUCCGACUGUUGGUGAGAUCGGCAAAUUUAUAGGCAACAACAUAGAGGUGGGAUGGAUGCAUGAAGAUGGUAUUUCUAGGUGGCCAGCCCCAGUCAUGUCCCAUCGGCUUCAACACCGUGGGCACGGGAGCCAGGACACUCGACGAGUGUCUAUGUGACGAGGGGUACUACACAAUAGAAUAGACUGUCCACCGUCUUAAUUGUAGCUCCCACGGCUUGAUUGUCUGACUGCAGUUAUACCUGGCGAGACGAGACGUGCAAGCCAUGCGUCAUUGGCACAUUCAAAGGAGACGUAUCCAACCAGCAAUGCACACAGUGCCCCUACGCAUUCAGCACAACCGAUACAUAG